CACGGCUCCUCUCAAGACAAAACUCACCUGGAAUAGUCCUACGCUUAGGUACACACACACACACACGGCUCCUCUCACAAGACAAAAUUCACCUGGAAUAGUCCUACGCUUAGGUACACACACACGGCUCCUCUCACAAGACAACACUCACCUGGAGUAGUCCUACGCUCAGGAACACACACACACACAAACACACACACACACACACACGGCUCCUCUCACAAGACAACACUCACCUGGAGUAGUCCUGCGCUCAGGAACACACACACACACACGGCUCCUUUCACAAGACAACACUCAUCUGGAGUAGUCCUGCUCUCAGGUACACCCACACGCACACGCACACACACACACACACGGCUCCUCUCACAAGACAACACUCACCUGGAGUAGACCUGCGCUCACAACAUCCACUCAUUGCCUAUAUAUGCUGAUUCUCUCAGGAGCAAGAGUAAAUGCCAAAGAUAACAAGUGGCUGACCCCUCUGCACCGAGCCGUGGCCUCCUGCAGUGAGGAGGCCGUGCAGGUGCUGCUGAAGCACUCUGCGGACGUCAACGCGCGGGACAAGAACUGGCAGACACCGCUCCACAUCGCCGCCGCCAACAAGGCCGUGCGCUGCGCCGAGGCCCUCGUGCCGCUGCUCAGCAACGUCAAUGUGUCGGACCGGGCUGGCCGCACCGCUCUGCACCAUGCCGCCUUCAGCGGGCACGUGGAGAUGGUGAAGCUGUUACUGUCCAGAGGGGCGAACAUCAAUGCUUUCGAUAAGAAGGACAGAAGAGCCAUUCACUGGGCGGCCUAUAUGGGUCACAUGGAGGUGGUGAAGCUGCUGGUGUCCCACGGUGCAGAGGUGGCCUGCAAGGACAAGAAGGCCUACACGCCCCUCCACGCUGCCGCCUCCAGCGGCAUGAUCAGCGUCGUCAAGUACCUGCUGGACCUGGGCGUGGAUAUAAACGAGCCGAACGCGUACGGGAACACGCCGCUGCACGUGGCCUGCUACAACGGGCAGGACGUGGUGGUGAAUGAGCUCAUCGAGUCGGGCGCCAACGUAAACCAGGUGAACGAAAAGGGCUUCGCCCCUCUGCACUUCACUGCCGCCUCGCGCCACGGUGCCCUCUGCCUCGAGCUGCUCGUGGGCAACGGCGCCGACGUCAACAUCAAGAGCAAAGAUGGUAAAACCCCUCUCCACAUGGCUGCCAUCCAUGGCCGGUUCUCGCGAUCUCAGGCUGUCAUUCAAAGCGGGGCGGAAAUUGACUGUGAAGACAAGAACGGAAACUCUCCGCUGCACAUCGCUGCUCGCUACGGCCACGAGCUGCUCAUCAACACGCUCAUCACCAACGGCGCCGACACCGCCAAGCGGGGCAUUCACGGCAUGUUCCCCCUGCACCUGGCAGCGCUCAGCGGCUUCUCCGACUGCUGCAGGAAGCUCCUGUCAUCCAACUUUGACAUCGACACCCCUGACGACUUUGGGAGGACGUGUUUACACGCUGCGGCAGCAGGGGGGAACCUGGAGUGUUUAAAUCUCCUGCUCAACACCGGAGCAGACUUCAACAGGAAGGACCGAUUUGGGAGGACGCCCUUGCACUAUGCGGCGGCGAACUGUAAUUAUCAGUGCCUGUUUGCCCUGGUGGGGUCGGGGGCCAGUGUGAAUGACCUGGACGAGCGGGGCUGCACCCCACUGCACUACGCUGCCGCCUCCGACACCGAUGGGAAAUGUCUGGAGUACCUGCUGCGGAACGACGCUAACCCAGCGAUCCGGGACAAGCAGGGCUACAACGCAGUGCACUACGCCUCCGCCUACGGCCACCGCCUCUGCCUUGAGCUGAUUGCCAGUGAAACACCACUGGAUGUGCUGAUGGAGACAUCAGGGACGGACAUCCUGAACGACACAGAUGGCCGAGCUCCCAUCAGCCCACUGCACUUAGCGGCCUACCACGGGCACCACCAGGCCCUGGAGGUUCUGGUCCAGUCUCUGCUGGACCUGGAUGUGCGCACGUCUCUGGGUCACACGCCACUGGUGCUGGCUGCCCUCAAGGGCCACGUGGAGUGUGUGGACGUCCUCAUCAACCAGGGCGCCUCCAUCCUCGUCAAGGACUACACCCAGAAGAGGACCCCCAUCCACGCAGCAGCCAUGAAUGGCCACUCGGAGUGUCUACGUCUGCUCAUCGGCAGUGCUGAUCUACAGACCGCUGUCGACAUUCAGGAUGGGAAUGGACAGACGCCACUGAUGCUGUCGGUGCUGAGCGGCCACACGGACUGCGUCUACUCGCUGCUCGGCAAAGGGGCCAACGUGGAGGCCCGGGACAAGUGGGGCAGGACCGCCCUCCACCGCGGGGCGGUGACGGGGCACGAGGCGUGUGUGGAGGCGUUGCUGCAGCACAGCGCCACUCUGCUGGUCAGGGACUGUAGGGGGCGCACUCCCCUGCACCUGGCGGCGUCCUGCGGCCACAUCGGCGUGCUUGGGGGCCUCCUGCAGGCAGCACAGUCGCUGGACGCCAUCCCUGUUGUCACGGACAACCGAGGCUACACGCCGCUGCACUGGGCCUGCUACAACGGCCAUGACACUUGUGUGGAGAUGCUACUGGAGCAGGAUGUGUUCCACAAAAUGGAGGGCAACUCCUUCAGUCCACUGCACUGUGCCGUUAUAAAUGAUAAUGAGGGGGCAGCAGAGAUGCUCAUCGACACGCUCGGUCCAGCCAUCGUCAACGCCACCGACUCCAAAUCCAGAACCCCUCUGCACGCGGCGUCCUUCACGGACCACGUGGAGUGCUUGCAGCUGCUGCUGGGACACAACGCGCAGGUGAACGCCAUCGACGCCAUGGGCAAGACGCCGCUCAUGAUGGCCGCCGAGAACGGGCAGACCAACGCCGUGGAGGUCCUGGUGAGCAGCGCCAAAGCAGAUCUCACUCUACAGGAUGGCAACAAGAACACAGCCCUGCACCUGGCCUGCAGCAAGGGGCAUGAAACCAGUGCCUUGUUGAUUCUGGAGAAAAUCACUGACCGGAAUCUCAUCAACUCAACCAACGCAGCACUACAGACGCCACUGCAUGUGGCGGCCAGGAACGGGCUAACGGUGGUGGUGCAGGAGCUGUUAGGGAAAGGAGCCAGCGUGCUGGCAGUGGACGAGAACGGUUAUACCCCUGCGCUGGCCUGUGCGCCCAACAAAGACGUGGCCGACUGCCUGGCGCUGAUUCUGGCCACCAUGAUGCCCGUGUCGCCUGGCAGCGUGGGUGCCGUGCCCGGCCUGACCUACAGCGCCAUCAACCACUACCCCAGCCCCUCCAAGGCCGUGACCUUUGACCCGCUGCCGGCACUGCGCUCAGAGCACGCGUCUUACUGCAGCUUCAACAGCCUGGGACACCGCGAGGACGGCAUGCUCGCCCCUGACGACGAGCUCAACGACUCUGACUCGGAGACCUACUGAACCCCCUUCCCCCGCCUCAAGCGCGCGCGUGCGCCUUGUUGACUGACUUGACUCCUUUAAAAAAAUAAAUAAAGUAAACAUAAAUAAUUAAAUGAAUAAACACGUCCCCGUGUCCCAUCCCAUGCCCCCUUGACCUCUGACCCCACCCCCGACCUGAUCAGAACCCAGCUUAAGGGGCAAGACCUCACACUCCCCUUGACUUUUUUUUCUCUUCCCUGUUUUCCUGGUUUUUAACGGGGACAGCACGGUCUGUAAUUGCCCUGGUCUCUUCCCCUCCCCUCGUCGGGGCUGGUAGGCCUGCAGUCUCAGGAGCCUUAGAGACUGAAGAGCCAUCGAUGGACAGAGAGAAGACGGGGGAGGGAAGAGAGAGAGAGAGAGAAUAAGAGACGCACACAGCCCACCCUUACCGCUUUGUUUAAACACUACGCAAACUCCAUCUGUUUUUUGCUGAUUCUAUGAGAACUGCGUUAAAUCUGUUACUGCGUAAAGAGCCACAUCAACACUCAGUUUUCACAUGAGUUACCCCCAACCCCCUUUUUUUCCAUCUCCAUAACCAGAUGAUUUGAAAUGUGUUGAAUGACUGACUGAAAUCAUAUGACUACUGUCGGGACUGCAUUUCCCAGAAUCCCCCACUCCCUCCCUCCCUUGGGCAGCGUGGAGAGGAAGUGCUGAAGUGUAGAAAUCAGGACUUCUGGGUGGACUGACUUUAGCCAAAGGGACCAAGUGCUGCAGGCUCCUCAUCUUGCCCCCACCUCCAUCUCCCGCGCCCCCUGCCCCCCCCUUCCCCCUCCCUGUUGCUCUUUCUUGGCAUAUUUGAGCAUGACUACAACUUCAUUUAAAGCUCCUUAUUAUUUUUUCCUCUACCUUUUUCUCUCCUUUUCAUUUUAGACACGGUAUAAUUUAUUGUGAAUGGACCGCUACAGUGUCAGUUUUCCAUGCACACAAAUCUGAUACACCCCACCCCCCCCAUUGCAUAUGAGGUUCAUGAACUGUGAGCUGGGCAGCAAGAGAGUGUGUGAGUGUGUUUGUUUGUGUGUUAAUGUUUUUGUUUGUUGGGGAGAAGGGUGGGAGUUUUAAUCUAAAGGCCUUGUCACACAUCUUUCACCCGUGCUGCCCACCGUGAUUUUGAGACCAGCCGACGAGGUGCAGUCAGGGUUUUUACUCGACUAUCUGCAGACUUUCAGAAAAUAACAGCAUUUGAUAUACAGCAACUUCAGAGAGAGGAGAGCCCUGUGUGUGUGUGUGUGUGUGUGUGUGCGUGCGCGUUGUAUCUGUGUGUGAAGUGUGCAUGUGUGCACAGACAACAUGUUUGCUGUGUGUAUGUAUGUAUGUAUGUGUGCGAGUGAGCAAGAGGGAGAGUAAUGUUGCCUUUUUUAGGUGUGCAAAAAACUGGCUUCCUGGUGCAUUGUUAUUAAAAUGAUUACUAAUAAUAAUUAAUGAAUAAAUUUUCUUUUGCCAUA